ACGUAUACACACAUCUGGUCAGAACACAAAACACAAAACCUGUCUCCCCGUUUGGACCGCUACGCCUUGUCGCGAUACCUGCUCGUAUCUGCGGCGCAUUACUUGGUUUUCCCGUCAUAGGAUUCGUGUUUCUCGGACACCCGUCAUCUCUACGACAUGGCUUCUAACGCUGCCGAACUCAAAAAGAAGCACGACGGCAUUGAAGCACAAGACUCACCUCUGGCGUCCCCUGCAUCCCCUCCUGUUCCCACGAACGGUGAGCCGGAUAUCGAGUCUCAGUUCCCGUCGUUGGUCCCGUCCGCUGCUGCUUCUUCGAACAAGACAACAGGCCCCGCCUGGGGCUCUUCUGCCCCUCCAGCUAUCAGACCCUCGGUUCCCAAACAGCACAUAUACUCGGAUACAUUUAAUCUAUCCCAAGCGGACAUUGCUGCUGCUGGAAAGGAUGGCAAGCCCGUGUCGACAGGCGAGGUUAUGAAGCGGAUCAUGUCUCAGUGCCCUAAGGUCAAGCUUGAGGCAUCUACCAAUAAUCGGUUGCACCAAACGACGUUCUAUCUCAAGAGCGACUUGCAGAAGGAACUGGAGAAGGCAAAGCGCAUGCUCCUCGCUUACCUCAGUCCAGUGGUCACUUCGGUGCUGCAUGCUCCUGCCUCCACUAUCCCGAUCAUCAUCGGUCCCAAAGGCGCGAACCUUCACAAAGUGCGCGAACAGACCGGCGUGAAGGUCGACAUUCCCCGUCGUGACUCCAUCCCCGCUCUCAAUGGAAAUGGAGCUACUCACGGCGCAGCCACAUCUCUCGAUGACGGAGAGGAAGAGGAAGAGGCUACUGUUCCAGUCACCAUCACUGGUCCUCAGCCGCUGGUGCAGGAAGCGGCGGACAUGAUUAAUGUCAUAAUAGCUGCGAAACGCUCCCGUACGACACAACGUGUACGCGACAUCGCACCUCACAUCCUACCUUUCCUUACCCCGCGCCGCGCCCAGUUCGAGACCGCAGCCGACGGUGGUGAGAUCUCCCUCUCGCUCAACCAACCGGCACGCGAGAUUACUGUCUCUGGUGAACGCGAGGCGGUCGGACAUGUCAUAGAUUCCAUUCGGUCUGCCAUUAAUUACUUCACCGCUGAGAUUACGCAGUUGAAGAUAGUUCUUCCCAAGCGCCAGCAUCGUUUGCUCACGGGCAAGGACGCAGGGGAGAUCAUGACGAAGAGUAAAUGCGUUGUAAUUGUUCCCAAGCCGGAGGAGACCAGCGAGGAAAUCGUCGUCUGGGGCAAACCCACGGAUAUUGGUCUUGGCGUGCAAACAGUUAUGGAGAAGGCAAACUCGGCGUAUAUCCAUGAAUUCCCGCUCCCUGGCCCCAUCUCCGUCUCUCGUCAGCUGCUGACGUACAUCAUACGGGUCGGAUACGCGAAGGCACUGAGCAUGAACAACCCAGGAGCUUCGGUCUAUACGCCUGCGUUGUCUUCUAUCGAGAAGGCAUCUGCGCUCAACGUGGAUAUAGUUGGCGAGAAGCCUGCCGUCGAUGCCGCUGUUAGCCAGUUAUCGGCUUUGAUCGGCAAGCUUAUCGGUGCUACCAAGGAGCUGCAGAUUGACUGGCUCGUGCAUCCUUUUAUCAACUCUCACAAGAAUGCGAAGAAAAUCAAGGCGUACCAUGAUGCACAGAAUGUUCUGGUAUUCUUCCCGCCCGAAGACGAGGAGCAGUCCUCUGUUCUUCUCGUCUAUGACCCUACUUCGCCUUCUGCAUCUCCCUCCCCGGUCGAGAAAGCAAAGAAUCUUGAUGAAGUGGAGAAAGAGCUGCUCAAGAUGGCGCGCGAUGCAGCGGAUGUGAAGACCCAGGUAGUGACUGUUGAGAAGAAAUGGCACGAUGCUGUUACUGGCCGGGGCGGUACCACCCUGAACGCAAUCAUAGGUGAGGACAAAACACUUUCUAUUAAGGUUGGAGCGGAGGCUGGAGAUCCUUCCACCGAGGACGUCAUUCUUGUCCGUGGUAUCAGUGCCGAUGUCGACCGUGUAGUGAAGGAGAUCCUCGAGAUCGUUGAAAAUGCCAAGAACGACGAGAUUGUCAACAGCUAUGCGGUCGAGUUCGACAUUGAUAAGGUAUACGUCGGCCGGGUUGUGGGUGCACAGGGCGCGAGCGUCAACAGGCUGCGGGACACGCUUGGUGUUAAAAUCGACUUCGUUGACGAGACGGAGAGGGAGGAACAGUUUGUCGGCAAAAAAAAGAAAGCGGCACACCAAAAGUCGCAUGUCAAGAUCAUCGGUCGUAAGGAGAACGUCGAAGAAGCGAAGAAGCGCAUUCUCACCCAAGUGGAGAGACUGGCCGAUGAAACAUUCGAGAAGCUGAACAUCGAUCACAAGUAUCAUUCAAGUCUCAUCGGACAUGGUGGCAAGUAUGUCGUUCGCUUGGAGGAAAAGUACGGCGUCAAAAUCACUUUCCCUCGCGAUUCUGGGGAGAACGGCGAAGGCAGAACCAGAGAACAACUCGGUCUCAAUGAAGUUCUCCUCAAAGGGGGACGGAAGGGAGUUUCAGGUGCUAAAGCCGAGCUGCUUGACGCGGUCGAGUUCGAGAAGGAGUCGAACGUUGAGGAGCAUUUCACAGUCCCCACCCGGGCUGUCGCGCGGAUUCUGGGCAAAGCUGGUGCGACUAUCAACGAGAUCAAGGACAAGACAGGCGCACAGAUCGAUGUGGACAAGGCCAAUGACCUGGUUACCAACGUCACCAUUCGUGGUACGAAGGACUCUAUUGCUGAGGCUAAGGCAGAGAUUUUGGUCAUCUCAGAUCGAGUGGGUGAGGAAGCUACCGAAACCGUGGAAGUGGAGAGCCAGUUCCAUCGUACCAUCAUCGGAGCUGGUGGUCAAGGUCUCAGGGAUCUUAUCAUCCGCUGUGGCGGUCCGUCCGACUCAAAGACUCAAGCCGGCUUGGUUCGAUUCCCUCGCCAGGGAGAGUCGUCCACCGAGGUUCGCAUUCGUGGAGAGCCCAAGCUGGUUGCGAAGAUCAAGUCUGAGUUGGAGAAGACCGUCGCUACCAUUCGCGACCGCGUCACUCUCGCAGCCGAAGUCCCUGCUAGCCAACACCGUGCUCUUAUUGGCAGGGGAGGACAGCAUUUAAACGACAUUCAAAACCGAUUGGGCGUCCAGAUACAGUUUCCUGGCUCUCGCUCCUACCAUCAGGUAGGGGAGCCGGAGAACAUGUCAGACAUGGAUGCGGUCGACCCUGCGGACAUUGUCAAGAUCUCGGGCUCACGCACAGCAUGUGAAAAGGCUGUCGAAGAGUUGAAGACCCAGGUGAAGCCUGCUGCUCCUGAGUCUGUCACCGCUACAGUCAUCGUGCCGUUGAAAUACCACCAUGCGGUCACACAGCAAGGGAACUUCUUCCGCACUCUUCGCUCAUUCGGCGUUCAUGCCGAGCAGUCUGCACUUCCACAGCGGCCGGCAGUCCCUCCUUAUCCAGUAUCUCAGGCGGGUGUAAGUGAGGCUCGCAUCGAUGAUCCUGACGCUGGCGCUGCGGCACCUGAAGUGCAAUGGCAGGUCGUGCCCAACUACCAGGAUGCUGAGGAGGGCGAGUCGGAAUGGACAUUCAAAGCUUGGGACCAGGCGAGCUUGGAUCGUGCAUUAAAGCUGACUCAAGACGCCAUUGAGCAUGCCGAGAAAAUGUCACACGUUGGCUUCCUCACUCUUCCCGACCGCUUGUCAUUCCCCAGAAUUGUCGGAACGAAGGGUGCCAACAUUGGAAGGCUUCGCAACGAGAGUGGUGCUGACAUUACGGUCAGCCGCGAGGAUAGCACGAUUGUGAUCAUUGGAUCCGAGAGUGCUAUCGAAAUCGCAAAAGAGGCAAUCCUCAAGAUCGCGGCGAACAACACGCGCUCUCGUGGCCGCCGUGAUGCUUGAUGUCUGCAUCAUGCUAUUCAGUGCGUUUUAUAUAGGGUAAGUAGGUCGGUUCAAGGGCAGAUGGACGAAUCUGGACGGAUGCAUACACAAACUAGCUAUCGCAUAUACCUCCGUUUUCGCGCUUUGCGCUAUGGGCACAUAGACAAAUAUUAUAUACGUUCAUGCAAUCCGCCUUGAGAUCUU